GUUAUGUAUUAUAUAUAUACAUACAUUCCGUUUUUGCUGGCAUGUCAUGUUGGACACUGUCGGCAGGUGUUUUUGUGUGCAGGACUUUUGUUGAGUUUGAUUUUUCGACCAUUUUUAGUGACAUUGUUUGCUUUUGACCCCUUUGGCUCACCAAAGCAACUUGGUCCCAAACAUGUUUUUGCAUUCUGAUGCCACUGGCUCACAGCACACUUGUUUCUUGUAAUUUGUAAUCGACAUGAACCAACAAAAGGUUCUUUAGAUGUGUACACUGACAUGUGGGUUGGUUAAGCACGUUUUGAUGGCAUCAGAUCUUGAAUCUAUGUGUUCAAACAGCGUAUUUCUGAAAACUUAACUUUUGAAUGCGCUGUAAAUCCCGCUGGCUUUGGAUAUUGAGCUGGCUGCAAAGCUUGGUCGUGUUUCCAUUGUAUGUUUGGACAAUCAGUCCCCAGUUGCAGCGCGGCAGAAGCAUUGCCAUUACCAGGGGAGCAUCAAAGCCUUCGAUGAGGUCCCCUUUGAAAACCAGUGGCAAAAGCUCCAAUACUCCAAGAGGUUGCUGUGUGGCAGAUCCUCGGAUCUGAAAAAUAAAGUUAGUGGGGAACUGCAACAAAUUUCAAUGUGUGGACAACUUGACCCUUUGGCCAACGGCCUUUCUUGAAGCGUCAUAGUCACCAGGUUGUUGGGGCCGGAGUGGCUGGCUUGGUCUGUGCACGCCGUCUUCGGCAAGCAGGAAUUCAAGUGGAAGUGUUUGAAGCCUCAGAUGCCGUAGGUGGUCGAGUCCGCACAGACACUGUUGAGUUGCCAGGAGCUGAAUGUUCUUUUUUGUUGUGCGCAGCCACAUGUGCAGUUUGCAAGGUGUUGCGGGGUAGUCAGGGGGCAUUUGUUUUUCGGAUGAACGGCAGGGACAAAGCCCAGCCCACUUUCCCCUGCCAGGAAAUGCCAAGGAGGAAGGCAGGAUGUCAGCAUGCAGUGUCACAACAUUCAAAGCAUUGAUUAUUCGGCGGCUGUUGUGUUGGUUUGAUGCAAUCUUAUCAAUUUUUCAAUUGUCAAGGCACCUUCCUCCUGGACAGGGGCUUCCAAAUUCUGAUUGAAGCUUACCCUCAAGUCAAGCGCCAGUUGGACUUGAAGAGGCUGGGUCUUCGGAGCUUUGCACCUGGAGCCUUCCUGGCGUUUGGGAAAGGGGAACUGCGUAUGGUUUCAGAUCCUAUCAGAAGUCCCAAAUACAUUUUGAGGACCAUCACUUCUGGGAUUGCUUCGAUCAAAGACUUGUUGAUCUUGCUACUGCUGCGCUUCAAACAAGUCUUUUUUGAAGGGCCGUACACUGCCUUAGAAGAGUGUCAAGGUACACCUCCACCCAAUACUGAGAGUUUCAUGCUUGGGAAGCUUGGCCUGUCAACAGUGCUUGUGGAUCGUUUUCUUCGGCCAUUCUUUGAAGCAAUAUACGUUACGCCAUUGGCACAGCAAUCUUCUGCCUGCUUCAGAUUUGUUCUGCGCAUGUUGGCUGAGGGGCGCACCUCUUUACCAGAGAGGGGCAUGCAAGCUGUAGCUGAUCAGCUUGCAGAAGAUCUGUUGGUGAGAUUAUGUUCUCCGAUUGUUGAAGUACGUCCAACAGGAGUGCGUAUUGAUGCAGAAUGGAAGGAUUUUGACGCAGUGGUUCUAGCUGUGGAUCUGCCAGCUGCCAGAGCCUUUUUGCCGGAGCUGGAUCAAACUGAUGAGGGUACACGCAGUUCGACCUGGUACUUCGCUUUGCCCUCUCCGCCACCGGUUUCAGAGCCACUGAUUGUCUUGAACAGCACUUUACAGACGGGUCCUGAUGAAGCUGAUCUGCCCAGACUUGUGAAUGUUGCCUUUCCAUCACUGGUUCAACCAUCGUACGCUCCCAAGGGAUGGGAUUUGGCUGCUGUGACUGUACGAGGACCUGAGAAGUUAGGAUUUGGUGAGAGUUGGGUGCGCCAUGAACUCGGAUGUUUGUUUGGUAUUGGUUCUUUGGAUGCUUGGCGCUUGCUGCGUGUCUAUCAUUUGGAUUUUCACCAACCUGCCCAGUGGCCUCGUACACUUCAGCCCCGUGUGCCAGUGGCGUCGGGGAUCUACGUUUGCGGCGACCACUGUGCCGAACCCACAUUGGAUUCGGCGAUGCGCUCUGGCCAGCGAGCAGCGGAAGCUGUUUUGGAGGACUUGCCGGCGCUACAAUAGAGUUUGGUUGGCGACGCUGCCGGAUUGAUUCCAGCAGAAAAGAGAGGUAUCAGAGGUAUCCAGUGAAGGAGUUGUUGAGCAAGAUGCGAAUCAAGGGUUUGCAAGAUUGAUUGAAUGAUCAAUCAGGUAGCAGAAUAAGUGGUGCUGUAGCUACAAAGCUAAAAUGGACGGCAAGAAAGGCUUUAUGACUGGAACUUGCAGUAUGUGUCUCUUAUCCUUGGC